UCGAUAGGAGGCGAAGCACAGCGCCACCCUGUGAGUCUGCUCGGGAAAACCCCGUCUGGGCGGAGGGAAAUUAUUAGAGAUAGCGGGGAAUGGCUGGCAGCCCCGGUCGGUAUUCGUGUUAAUAACGUGUCGGUCGUGUAAGGAAGCGGCGAGACCGAGAACAGACGGGAGGUGUUUGGGGCCGACCGUCACCGUGACACCGCACAUCCCGGGCAGCCUCCCCUCCACCUCCUCCUCCUCCUCCUCCUCCUUCCCGCGGACAAACCCUCCACUAACGGGGCCAUGGAUUUCCCCGGCCACUUUGAGCAGAUCUUCCAGCAGCUCAACUACCAGCGCGUCCACGGUCAGCUGUGCGACUGCGUCAUCGUGGUCGGCAGCCGCCACUUCAAGGCCCACCGCUCGGUGCUGGCGGCCUGCAGCACCCACUUCAGAGCCCUUUUCACCGUCGCCGAGGGAGACGCUAGCAUGAACAUGAUCCAGCUGGACAGCGAGGUGGUGACGGCCGAAGCCUUCGCAGCUCUGGUGGACAUGAUGUACACGUCGACGCUGAUGCUCGGGGAGAGCAACGUCAUGGACAUCCUCCUCGCCGCCUCGCACCUGCACCUCAAUAACGUGGUGAAGGCCUGCAAACACUACUUGACGACGCGCACGCUGCCCAUGUCCCCCUCCUCCGACAGGCCUGCCCACCACCACCCUCAGCAGGAGCAGCAGAGGCACCGGCAGCAGCAGCAGCAGCAGCAGCAGCAGCAGCAAGCAGCAGAUUUAGCGGUGAACACGGCUUUAGCGGCCAACGCUAACCUCGCGGCGAACGCGGCCACGUCCAAGCUGCAGCGCUCCUUCUUGCUGCAGCAGCUCGGGCUUAGCCUGGUGAGCUCCGCCCUGGGCGGGAUGGAGGAGGACGGGGUGGGAAACGUGGUCGGCAGCAGGGGCGUCGAGCAGAGAGCCUCCUUCCCCAUCCGGCGCUUCCACAAGCGAAAGCCAUCUCUCACCCUGGGGCUUUCGGAGGAGAGGCCGAGGCAGAGGCAGCGUCCGUCCGCCCCUAACAUGGGGCUGUUAGGCGAGCAAGGGUUGAACGCAGAGCGGGACGAGGGAGGGCUUCUCUCGCCGGACUCGCACAAGAUGGGGGAUGAGUCCAAAUUGGACGCUGCGAUCACUGGGCUGGUGGCGGUGUCCCAAGACGACGCUCAGAUGCCCAGUCAGUCGGACGGCGGACACUGUGAGGGGGACAAGAACCUGGGGAGGAUGCAGGGAGGGGUGAGGAAGGAAGAGGACAUGGACGAGCAGGAUCACCAGGACAACCGAGCCGGGGUGAAGAUAAAAUCAGGGACGGAGGAGGAGGCCGAAGAAGAGGAACAGAAGGUGGUGGUUAAAAGGGAGCCGCUGAGCUCGCCGGAGCCGGCCGACGAAACCAGCGACGUGACGUCGCAGGCGGAGGGCAGCGACCCGGCGGAGCCCGGGUGCCAGGAGGAGGAGGAGAAGGUGGAGCUGAGCCCCGAGAGCAGCGACCGCAGCUUCACCUCCGAACCCCAGCCCGGCGCCGACUCCCUGCUCCAGCCGGGCCCCCAGCACCUCCUCAAGGGCGGCAUGGGAGGAGGCGCGGGCUUCGGGUGCGGCAACGGACUGAGCGGCAAGCCCGGUUUCAGCAUUACCAGCUUCCUCGGCCCGAAGGAUUUCGGGAGCGGCGGCUCUGGGAUGGUCGCCGGGGAGGACGAUCUUCCCAACACGACGACCGGGGAAGCGGUGGCGCAUCACUUCCUGCUGAGGCAGGAGGCGGCGGGGGCGUCCGGCUCUGCCGCCUCCUGUCUCAUGCAGUCGGGUCAGCUGACCGGUGAGAGCAGGAACAGUUACGGGGACAACCUGCCGGCUGAUUCUUUGUUCCUCCGCCCCCUGCAUGACGGCAGGGGCGGUGGGGGUAGCGCAAGCGGAGGACACGGAGGAGUGGAUCCCUUCGGUUUAGACUUCCAGCACUCUAGCCUCGGGCUUCACUCCUUGGCCCGACCGCCGAGAGGAGCGGGAGGAGCCAGCGGCGCCGCGGCUCUGGGUUAUCCCGGCUACAGGCGCAUCGCUCCAAAAAUGACCCCCGGCAUGGGAGGGGAGGAGGGCGUCCUCCAGGACGCGGCCUCUUCUUCCUCGAGUCUGGCGAGCCCCCUGCUCCUCAACGAGGGCAGAGGGUACGAGAUGAACGGCGGCAGGCCCACCUCCCUCCCCCCUCAGCUCACCAGGGCGUCGGCGGACGUGCUGUCCAAGUGCAAGAAAGCCCUCUCCGAGCACAACGUCCUGGUGGUGGAGGGGGCGCGCAAGUACGCCUGCAAGAUCUGCUGCAAAACCUUCCUCACGCUCACCGACUGCAAGAAGCACAUCCGCGUGCACACGGGGGAGAAACCGUACGCGUGCCUCAAGUGCGGGAAGCGCUUCAGCCAGUCCUCGCACCUGUACAAGCACUCGAAGACCACCUGUCUGCGGUGGCAGAACAGCAACAUGUCCAACGCCUUGCUGUAGGAACGAAGCGGACGCGCCGACGAGGGAUUCGGCGACAGGCUGAAUUCAGAGACCCAAAAACUCGACUCGACCGAACCGCCGGAUCUCGUCAUCUCCUCCUGAUCACAGGCCAAAGAUGUGGAGCAUUUACUACUAAUAGUUAUUUGAAACAUUGCCUGUAGAAAGAUUAAAGGGAUGCAGUGAGUAUUGUGGUACCCUGCACACACAUCCCAAGUAUUCCGGUGGUUUUUAAUUAUACAGCCCACGGACUUUGCGCAGCGACACCCAGGCCGGCGGGGCUUCGGCUUUUAAAAACUGCAAGACUGUCACUUUGACAAAGCCGUGGACUCUUUGGUUGUCAGGGCGAUCCUUUCCUCUGCUGACGCGUACUUUGCGGUACGCGCAUUUUUGAUUCAGUCAUGACAACACUCACCGAGUGUUUUCACAUCACAGGCAGCUAAGAACCAAUAUCACGUAAAAAAAAAAAAAAAAAAAAAAAAAAAAAAAAUCUUGUGCUUAUCUGAAGUUUUUUUUUAUUAUUAUUGUGCGUUUGUAAAACAUGUAGCAGCGUGUCAUAUCAGACCGUUGAGACGUCCCUGACUGUGCAAAGGGACAGUCUGUGGAUUGAUUUGGUUCAUGUGCCAGGAAUAAUGCUUUUAAGGACAAAGAACUGACGGACGUGAUGUGAUGAUACAUGGAGAAACUUCACCGUAGUAGGACAGGUUCAGGCUUUUUUUUUUUUUUGAAGGCUUUACAAACAGAGAAGACGACUGAUGUUGUGUUUGUGUUUGCGUUCUGCCGUUUUAAUUCAGUGUGCGAGAAAUGUGACCUUUUUUCCCCAACAUUUCACAAAUGCAGAUGAAAUUAGUUGCCUUUCAAUCCGAGCUCUGAUUCAUCCGGAGCCGUGUAGCUGUUUAAUGUAGAGAGUAUUUGUGGUAUUGUCGAAACAAUGAGAAUGUUUGGGCCUUUACACCGACUCUUUAAAGCAGACUUAUACACCGACUUAUACCACCUCCUCCAUACUGGAGACACCAGGGAGAACCACACAAUAUUAGGAAGGUGGUCAUAAUGAUACGCCUGAUCCGUGUAUAUUCAUUUUCAUGUUUGUAGUUUAGUUUGGGGUUUGCUUGAAUAGGUUUACAUGCUUUAAUAAUACACUUUUAGUCCCCUUCAUACUGAACACUGCUUCACCGCGUCUUUUUACCCUCAGUCUGAAUCACUUUAUUAAAACCAAGUCUUUCAGCCACUUUUGUUUUGCACAGACUCGGGGACUUUUAAGACCUUUUAAAUACACAAAAGAAAGGACACAACCCACUAAAGACUAAAGAACCCCCCCCCCUCCUUAAAAGCCUCUUUAAAAUCUCACAUCAACUUCUCCUUGAACUGUAGAAUUAAAUCAAAUUUUUGGGGAGUAAAAAAAAUAAAUGAAGAAUCGCGGGGAAGGGAAGAGAAUCAAUUUGCAACCAAAAACAUCUACAUUUACUGAGCCUUCCAGUUUAUUGUUGAGAAAAUUAACACGUAAUACUGAGUUACAGUUCCGUUUUUAUAGUAAGAAACAGCAUAACGAGAAAGUACGCUGUGAAUACACCUCACUCUGUCAUCACUUUAUCGUGUUUGUCAUUUGUAAAAGAUCGGUUUACCGCCCGUCCACACGUGUCCAGGUUUCAGCGUGGUCACCACCGGCCUUUUUUUUUUAGCGAAGACAAUGAAGUUGCGCUAAAGGAUUCUCUAGAAAUGUAAAUACUGCCCAUGUGUUUUGUUUUUUUUUUUAUAAUAAUUUCUCUCUUUGAGAAGAGGCAAAAACAACUAGUGAAAUUAAGAAUUCAACAUUGCGCGUAUAAGUUUGCUACCGUACUCGAUAUGAAUGCUUUUUAUAUUACGAAGUCGCAUCUGUUACAGAAGCACUAACCCUAACUGUGUGGAAAAACACGUUGCACUAAUCCAACUCCGCCAACUCUUGAGGUUUAUUCCUCCCGUCUCGAGCAUUACGUCUGGGGUGAAACCCUCCUUUUGAUCUCACGCAGGUGUUUCACCGGUUUUUACCGAACGUUUAGUCUGUGUCUUUCUCGUUCGUUUCAUUUUGGGUAAAGGUUUCAGUGGAGGAUUUGUGCAAAAAAUUUGCAUCGAUCAACAUCAUGUCAAAGGAUUUUCACUACAACCCACUUUGGUUGUAAAUACGAGCGGCUUCCACGGUCGACAGUUUUGAUGAUGGAAAACAGUGUUCAUGCAGUGUUGUAGAGUUUUGUUGUAGUGAAAAAUAACCUAAAAAAAAAAUACACGUUUGCCUUUUUCAAUAUUUUAUUGCUUGAUGUAUUGUGACGCCUAUGGUCAUUGCUUUUAUUCCUAGUUGGCACCUUACUGUACUGUAAAGUCAUUACACUGUACAAAAUGCUCAAACGUUUAUUUGCCACAUAUGCUAAUCUUGACAUUUUACUGAAGGAGAAUUGCCUUUGUAUGACGCCCUCCCUGUGAACAUAAGCUAACGUACUGGUUGAACUGACUGAUCAUGGAAUUCGUUUAAAAAAAAUGACCACUUGUGGUCAACUCCCGCAGAGGUUCAUCUGUUUUUAUUCUCACUUUCUGCUUAAUCUCUCGUCGUGUAAAGAUGUAUCUGUGACGUCCCGUCGAGAAAUUAAGAGGUGACGGACAAACGAUGGUCCUCCAGAAUGGCUUCUCUCACAGGGGCCUGUUAGGAAUAAUAAUGGUGCUGUCUACUGAAACUGUUGAACGAACGGUUCUCGUGAAUAUGUCAGAUUAAAGAAAGAAAAAAAAAAGGCCUAAAUUGAUUAUUAAAGUCACUGCCUUACGCCCUCUAGCUUUAAAAGCCGGGCUUUUUGUCGACAAGCCAAAACCGAAGGAAUCCUGUUUCGUUUUUUUUUUUUUUUCUUUGUGUGACUCUCAUACUGUAACCAUGAGAUGACUAAAUGUUGGUCUUUUUACUGUUACUGAAGGCUAUGAAGAUUGUAUAGUACGUUCAGUUGUCGUAUAGACUGAAUAAAAACAAGGUGAAAUCGA